UGAUAAGCAGCUGAGUCAUAAAUUUUCACUCCAACAUGAAAACAUUUAUGAAACGGUGUAAUUUAUUUCCUGAACAUUUUGUUCUGACCCGUUUGAAUAAAUCAAAUAACUCCAGGUUGGGAUGUGAAAGCGGUUUUUGUUUUUGUUGCUGAUGUUAAAGAGGAAACUCUCUGGUGUUGAAAUCACGGUGGGCUAAGUUUUCCCUGUAGCUUGUCUUGCAGGAUGUUGGUUUUCCGCACCAAUAACAAACCCAACUGCUGCUCCCACUGAAUGAACAAUCACUCUUCUUCCUCAGAAGAAGAUGACCUCUGACCUCCUGCUGUAUAGUCGAUCGAUGAGCUGGACCUUCAUUUCUCCGGAGGACUGACGCUCCGGAGGCAGACAUGUUGUCGUCCAUGUCGGCGAAUCUGGGCUUCCUGUUGAGCUGCUCCACGCUGAUCCAAUGUUCAGUCUUCAUCGACCAGCCGACGGCUGUGCAGGUGCUGCAGUCCUCCACUAGGAGGCGCCGUGCCAACUCCUUCGCCCUGGAGGAGAUGCUGCCAGGAAACCUGGAGAGGGAAUGUUACGAAGAGCGCUGCUCCAAAGAGGAGGCCGCCGAGAUCUUCCACACCCACGAAACCACAAUGGAGUUCUGGUACAGAUACCAAAAUCUGAACCCGUGCCGCACCAACCCCUGCCUUAACGGAGGAAUCUGCAGUCAGGACCGGGAGGAGUUUCUGUGUCUGUGUCCUCCCAGGUUCCGCGGGAAAACCUGCGACUCGGAGGUGUCGGAGUGUCGCUAUGGGAACGGUGGCUGCCUGCAGUACUGCCAAGACCUGCCAGGGGGCGCUGGAGUUCAGUGUGGCUGUGCUGACGGAUUUAAACUGGAGGCUGAUGAAAAGAGCUGCAGACCAACAGUGGAGUUUCCCUGCGGCCGCCAGCAGAUGGCAGCGUUGCACUACGGUCGCUCCCUGUUGGAUCUCCUGGAGGACACCAACAUUACCAUGACAACGGACCAGAACAGCACCAACAUGAACACAACUCAACACAACUCAACAGAACCAUCAGAGGCAACAAACUCAACAUCUGGUGGGAACCAGACGGAGGGACAAAUGGAGGAGAAUCAUUCGAUUCGUAUUGUGGGAGGAAACCUGGAGAGCCGAGGGGGAAGUCCUUGGCAGGUUCUGGUCCACAGGUCGGACGGAUCCGGGUUCUGUGGAGGAACCCUGGUUUCGGAGCGUUGGGUUGUUUCUGCAGCUCACUGCUUCGAGGACUCAGCGGACCAUGUCACUGUAGGUGACUACGAUAAAAAACGUCCUGAUCCGGAUGAGCAGAAGAUAAAGAUCCAGCAGAUCAUCGUCCAUCCUCAUUUCCACUCCUACACCUUCGACAGCGACAUUGCCCUGCUCUACCUGGCCCGGCCGGCCCUCAGGGGCCCCACCGCGGUCCCUGCCUGCCUGCCGGACCCCCACCUGUCCAGAUACCUGCUGAGGGAAGACACCCGGGGCGUGGUGACGGGGUGGGGCGCCACGCAGUACCUGGGCAGCUCCUCCCGCUUCCUGAGGAAGGUGACCCUGCCGGUGGUCAGCUACCAGGCCUGUUCUGCCUCCACUGAACAGGUGAUCACAGACAACAUGUUCUGUGCAGGUUACCUGGAGACCAACAUGGACGCCUGCAGCGGAGACAGCGGCGGGCCGUUCGUGGUCCACUACCGAGGAACCUGGUACCUGACCGGGAUCGUCAGCUGGGGGGAGAAAUGCGCCGCGCGGGGGAAGUACGGCGUUUACACCAGGCUGGGAAACUUCCUGGGCUGGAUCAGAGACACCAUGCAGAGGGUGGAGCGGAACCAGACUCUGAGCUGAUGAGGCUUUGACUGGACCGCAUCACCAUCAUCAUCAUCGGCGGCAGCGGCGGAUCUAAAGGAGUCCAAUCAUUGUUUUCUAUGAGAGACAGAAAGUUUUCCAGCUAAAACUCAAUGUUUAUUUUUAAUAACAGUUUGUAUUUGUUUGUUGUGCAAAUUUGCAACAUUUAUUGGAAAUGCAACAAAAUGUUGAAGGAUUGUUGAGCUUCUCCGUCCUGCAGGCAGCAGGAUGUGCAGGUUUAAUAACCCAAAGCUGCUCUCGGUACCAACAGACGCUGAAUUAAGCAGACGGGUCACAUCAGAUCGUCCUGUUAGGAAUUAUGGGAUGUUUUCAUAAAGGCUUAAUGAAUUCAUCAGAUUCUGCUUUUAAUAAACAGAUUUUUAC